AUGCCCAACCCAGCCCUGCACAACCUACUAUUACUCUCAGACUCCGCCCUCCCACUUGGAUCCUUCGCAUUCUCAUCUGGUCUGGAAUCCUUCCUCGCCCACAAAGAACUCUCCGGCCCCAAAGCCUCAUCGACAAAGCUCAGCUCCUUCGAAACCUUCCUCUCGCAAAGUCUCCAGAACAUCGCGUCAACAAGUCUCCCAUACGUACUUACAGCCUACCACAACCCAACUCGCCUCCCAGAGCUGGACAACGACAUAGAUGCCUCGACGCCGUGCACAGUGGCUCGAAGAGCAAGUGUAACUCAAGGAAAAGCUCUGAUCGAAGUCUGGACCCGCGCACUUCAUACUGCAGCAGCAAAUCCUGCGUCCGAAAGUACUACGGAGCUUACGAAAUUCGCCUCUCAGCUAAAAUCCAACAUCCCAGACCCCUUCGCUUUCACCUUACAAAGUCAUUUCGCACCUCUCUUCGGCGCCGUCUGUGCGGCUUUGGAUCUCGACGAGCAUGAAACUUCGUACCUCUUCCUGCUCAAUCAUUCCAAAGCUUUGUUGAGUGCCGCCGUGCGAGCGAGUGUAAUGGGACCGUAUCAGAGUCAAGCUGUGUUAGCGGGGUCGAGACUUCGGCUUACGAUUGGGAAGUGUAUCGAAGAUAAUCAGCAGAAGAUUGCAGCUAGAUGUUCGGGGCAUGAGGAUGCUGUGGUUACGGUUCCGACUAUGGAUCUCUGGAUGGGGAGGCAUGAGUUGUUGUAUUCGAGGAUCUUCAAUUCGUGA